UAUUUUAAAUAAUAGAUACGUGUAAAAUGAGAAUUAUAGCAAUGUACCUCCUGAAAUACCAUCCUGAAAAUCCGAUUUUUAUAUCCUAAAACUUCGAGCUUUCGUUUGUGAAGUACAACAUUUGAAUAAUAUAUUUUCUAGUUGGUUUUAGCGUCCUUUCUUUAAAGAAACUCUCAAUUUUGGAGCUAGAACUUGUGCAGCGUAUUCUAUAUAAUAUAAAAUACUAGACGAGCCAAACCUGGCACUAGGAGUGCUGUCACAAACCAAGAGGCUCAUGCUGUGUCAUAUAUAUGCAUUGAUAAAAAUAAUCUAGCAGCUCUUGUUAUUGCAGAUGACUAAUAUCCUGAAAAAGUUGCUUUCAUGGUUAUUCAAAACAUGUAUUAAGAAUACUAUCGUCAAUAUAACUCAAUGUUCUUAGACACCAUAGUCGGUAUUCAUCAUAUUUCACCAUUUUACAGCUGAUCAAAACAUAAAUAUACCAAAAUUUGAAGAAUUCAUAAAACUUUACCAAGAUCCCAAAGAAGUUGAUAAAUUGCUUAAAAUUGAGAACACUCUCAAUGAGGUCACUAUGAUUGUGCAUUAAUCUCUUGACGACGUAACUCACGUUCCUAUACUUAGCUUUUAAAAAGAGGAGAGACUUUGGAAUCCCUAAUGGCGAAAUCAAAGGAUAUGAGUAGUGUCAGUUUAGACUUCUAUAAAAAUGCCAAGAAAACAAAUAAUAAAUGUUGUAGCUUGUAUUGAAUAAACCUUAAC